UCUGUGUAAGUAUAACUUUUUUGUCCCUACUAAUAAAAGAUAAUCUAUAUUGUUAUUUCCCCAUGGGUGUUUUCUGUCGGCUAAAAGGAUCGUCCCAAAAUGUUUCAUCAUGUCAGGAAGUUUCUACUUUGUUAUGGUUGGUCAUCAUGAUAACCCCGUGUUUGAAUUGGAAUUUCUUCCAGCAGGUAAAGCAGAGUCAAAGGAUGAUCAUCGGCAUCUGAAUCAGUUCAUAGCACAUGCUGCUCUAGACCUGGUGGACGAGAACAUGUGGCUAUCCAACAACAUGUAUUUAAAAACCGUGGACAAGUUUAAUGAAUGGUUUGUCUCUGCUUUUGUGACUGCUGGACAUAUUAGAUUUAUUAUGCUUCAUGAUGUAAGGCAAGAAGAUGGGAUAAAGAAUUUUUUUAAUGAAGUCUACGAUUUGUAUAUAAAGUUUGCAAUGAACCCAUUCUAUGAACCAAAUUCUCCAAUUAGGUCAACAGCAUUUGAUAGAAAAGUCCAGUUUCUUGGAAAGAAACACCUCCUGAGUUAAUUACGCUAUACUGUCUUAAGAGGAGAUUUAUGGUUUGUUUUGGAGUUUGAUGAUAUUUUCCUUUAUAAUAUUUAUGUUUUGAAUUGGAAUGUCUUUCAACAUUUGGAUUGUUCAUUAGGCAUUCUAAUGUUGUGUAAAAUGUAAAACAUUAUGUCAUUACAGAACACGUUGGUUUACUUUUAGUUCCAUUCAUGUAACGCAGUGACACAGUGAUUUGAUAUGCUAUGUUUGUAGUUGAGGCCAUAGAAGAACACAAGCUAUUUAAUACUAAGGCAGUGAGGCAGGCAGGCAGGGUGGAUAGCGUAUUGGCGAAGAUCCUGCACUUUAAAGCACAAGGUGGCUGGAUUGAUUCCCAACCUACAGCUCACCACAUGAACCUGAGUAGGUCACGUAACCUGCCUCGGCUCUGCUGUAAAAAAAUGUGAAGCGUUCUGUGCUUAGACUUCAGGCAUAAAAUAUUGCCGGCCAAUAUUAUAAUCUGUGACACUGUGUUGCAGGUAGACCAACUGUGCAAAAGAAAAACAAAAUCAUCAUCACUGUGGAGCAAAAUCUACUGGAGGGAUUCUGCUCAAAAUCAACUAGCGUCCACCAUUUUACACUGCUAAUAAAUGUGCCCAGUUUCAUUUGCACUGGGUGGUUUGCUUUUUAGUUAUCAUGUCCACAGACUCAUCCUGAAAUGUCAUUUUGAAAGCAGUCCUAUUAUGUUCAGCACUGCCUGAAAUAUGUUAAAUCAUUUUAACAUUAAAGUUGUAACUUUGAUCUUGACACAAUGCUUCUACUGUAACCAUUUACACCGCAUUAUAAACCUGUAUGCCUCUUUGGAUAAAGGCAUCAGUCACAUAUUUAAUAAUUAUUUAGAUUUCGGUUCAUUCAGAUUUAUAACCCCUUCUGUUGUAAAACAAUCUGCACCAUUUGUUGAAUUCCCGGCUAGUGUGGAAAGAAAACUACAAACUCUGUUUGGGUUAUGAUUUUUAGGCAAUGAACCUGUGGGCCUGCAUUCUGUUCAGAUUUCCCCAAGUAUCUGUGAUUUUGGUAAUGUCUUGUAUGUAAGGAACAAAGAGUUCAACUUUUAGGUGAACUCACUUUUACUACAAGAAUUCAUUUCACUAAGUUUUAUUGGAACCAAAGUCUCAGCUGCCAGGGAAAAAAUGUAAGCAGUUGCAGGGAGCUCCAUCUGAAGUUAGCAAGAGUAUCUAUCGGUGUACAUCGAGAGAAAUGCAAACUUGAUCCUCAUCGAGCAGAAUCGGCAUAUGGAGGCACAAGGGGUCUCUGGGUGACAGCUACAUGUACAGCCCGACACUGUCAGGUGUGACAAGAAGCCACGCGUUCGGACCCCAGAGGUUUCACUUUGAGUUAACAGGACCAAAGCCUGAGUAUUGGUGGUACCCUUAGCUGUUCAUCUCAGUCCAUGGAGGAGCACAGGCUUUCAUUCUGGUCAGUGGCGUAGCUGGGGGAGGGACUAGGGGGGACAUCUGUCCCCGGGCACAGCAUCCAGGGGGCGUUGAAUUGAUGUUCCCCAUUGCAUUGUGGCAAACAGUCAACAGCAACAUCUUCAGUUGUCCCCGGGCGCUGAAAACCCUAGCUACGCCUCUGACUUUUAUCUGGACUCCCAUUUUCAUUAAAUAUACUGUUAUUGGGGAGUUUGCAUUUUUAGAAUGUCAAUCAGAAGCUUCAUGGCAGGGCUAAUGCACUUUUUAAAGUAUGACUGAGUUUUACUUUAUUUUUUUCUUUACAGUUUCUUGUAAGUGGGAAUAAGAUUGCAGUGUCAUCUCUUUGUUAAUGCAGCUGACACCGAGUGUGCUUAAUGAUUAUAACUUCAAAUUAAACACUUUGCACAUCUAGCUGACCUAUUCCUGCUGUUUUUCUGUAGUCCGGAAAACAAUACAAAGUGCUUUUUUUUUUCAUUUUAUUUCACUUUUUAUAGUUCAGUUUGCACAAUGACAAGUGAAGAAACGAACAAUAAAAGCGAAAGAUAAGCAGCAUCUCAGUAACAUUUCCACGUAAGAAAUCACUACAAGACAGCUGCAUGAAUAACCAAAGUCUGUCUAAAAAAAACUAAACUUCAAGAUCUGGAAAACCUUUUCUUUUUUUUUUAAUUUAUUUUGAAGGUAUAUAAACAAUGUUUGGAGUUUCUGCAAUAAUACAAUAGCCCUCCAUGGACUGAGUUGCCUUCAUAGUAUUAAAGCAGGUCUUGUCAGAUAGCAAUAAUACGACAGUGAGCUCAGUCUGUGUUAGUCCCAACUGGCUUUGUUCUUUUGUUAGCAUUCCAUAUUUAAACUUGACGGGGAUGAGGCCUGCCUCAGAGGAAGAGAGACACCAUAGGGCCACAUGCUGAAAAUGUGUGGCUUAGCGAAAGAGAAAUGGGGACAUAGACAGGGGCUAUUACAAAGUUCUGACUCAGUGGAUCAUGGAAAAGCUUGUGACACGGACUAGUGGUUCAUGUUGUUUGCCAGCCAAUAACGGCAGAAACACCUUAAACCAUUGCUUAGCUCUUUAACAGUCAAGAUUGAAUGUUUUAUGUGUUUUUAUA